GUGAUUCUGACGAUGACCCAAUAUUCUCGCCGGGUCGUCUCAUUUUUAUCGAGUGGCCUAAUAGUCGGCGGCGGAAGGGAACGUAGGGAAGGAAAGAGCACGAAGAGCACGAUAUCGCCGCAUAACGCGAUAUCUCGGCGAUUACGGACAGAGAGCCAAAGGUGACCGCACUAUGGGCAAAAAGGGAGGUCGCCGGAAGCGUGGUCGUCGCAGCGGGCGACGGAGGGAAGAGGUGGGUAGCUGGUGGUGGAAGUGGCGGGCGUCGGGUAUAGGAAGGGGUAGGGCUGAACGCAUCCCUGCCAGACCGGCCACCUGCCUACCAACCCUGUCUGCUCCACGACGCUUCCCAGUAUUCGAGCGAUCGCUACAACUCGCGCACGCAAUUCCUUCUCGGCCGGGGAUGUGCGUAGAUCGCGCCAUCGCUACGACACACAUCGUACUACGGAACUACGUGCGAUCUAACGUAGUGGCAACGUGCUCGAGGUGACGUGCCGUGUCGUAUCUCUGUGCGACACCGUGUUCCGUGUCCCGUGCCCUUUCCCUGCCCUUUCCCUCGUGUUCGAUACACGCCGCCCCCGAAAUUUCGACCCAGCCACGAUGCACGACCACCGCAGGCAACCACUCUCGCCGUCGUACGCCGCCUGUUCGUAACGCCACCGCUUGCCUGAGCUAUGGAUCCGCCGGGAAUCAACGCGCUGGUGUCCCACGAGUGCCCGUGAAGGACACACAACCCGUGCGUGAUCGGCGAUGCUGCGGAUUUCGGCCCUCCUCGUCGCCGCAGGUUUCCACCGAAACCGUCCAGCUUCGAUCUCGGUUCGCGCGACAGGUUGCGAUUCCUUUUUAGUCACGUCGUCGCGAGAUAUCGGAUGGGGGUUCGAGUGACUCGACAGGGGACUUAAAAUUGGAAAGAUAUCGCGUACAACGCGGAGGAUACACGUAGCUUGUACCGUAGUUGAGAAUCACACGUUCCGAGGCGCACGUUGGAUGAUUUCGAGGAUCAUUAACGACCCCGUGGCAAGCACCCUCGAUGUAAAUGGUAUUUGUGGUCGUUUAUGUCGGAAGCGCAUCAAUGUUUACCGACUUUAAUAGGUCAAACGAAGAGCUGUACAAUUUUUCCACUCGACUUUCGCAGGCAACGGGUUGCUCGUUUUCCAUUCCCCGUCAGCGUGUGCCCCUCCUCUUUCGUUUAGUUGCCAUCAAGAGACCCGUCGACGUCGUUACUGACGAUGCGGAAAUUUGCAACUUUCAUCGAGUCGGUAUCGUUAUACGAUGAGGAAUUCUGAUCACUCGUUAUAUCGGAAGAGUCGUUAAAGACGUCACCAAACGAUAUGGAAAUUUGUAAUUUCCAUCGAGCUGAUCGUUACACGAUAAAGGAUCUUGAUUCGUUCGUCGUGCCAGAAGACUCGUUAAAGACGUUAUAAAGGACAGGAAAACUUGCUACGGUCGUCAAGUCGAUUAUAGCACGAUAAAAUAAAAUUUUGAUCGUUCGCUACGUUGUAAGGAUUUAUCAAAGAUACUGAAAGCUCUACGAAGAUUUGCAACAAUCUUUGGAUCUACCGCUACACGCUUCUUACAGAAAUUGCCGGAUAGAGAGGGGGUCGCUUUACUGAAAUUACGUGCUCUUAGGGAUGAUCGAUCACCGUAAUAAAAAUGCAUAGCGUCGGGAACUAUCUUUCAAUUUAAUCAAACUCCCAAACAUCGGCCAAGACGAGAAAAUUUCUACUAUCGUAAUAUGAAAGAUUCCGCAGAAUAGAAGAAGAAGAAACACGUGGUGAUCGCGUUAACGAACUCCACCGAUGCAAAAGUGACUGUUUACACGUGCCACGACGUUUAACGACGUGAUUCUAUUAAGCCGGGGAAUAAAAUCGCGAUUCGAUCGUCUCCUCCGAGUACACGUACACCAGCGAUGCAACGAGACACGAAUAAGACUGGUAACGAGCGAGCGUGGAUUAUUACCCUGUUAUCGAACGAAUCUUCGUCGUACAUUUCCCCAGUGAUAAUUUAGAGUGGUAGCUUCCCUCGGCCUUUGCUUCUUGACAUUUUUUCUUUUCUUUUUUUCUUUUUCCUUUCUUUUUCCCCGUCCCACGGUUUAAUUUCGACAACACACUUGACACAAACACGAACCGGUGUUUCACAACGAACGCUGCUUAACAUGGCUACGUGUUUCGACCAACCUUCGUUUCGCGUUUCACAAAGGAACGAGGUCAUUAGGUACGCGAGAAACCAGGAAGGGUCGAGGGAAGUUGGCCACACGAGAACGAGCCGCCGCGACACUCUUGUCAGGGCUUUUCUUUCACUUCGAAAGGACGUCACCACGGUCGACCCUUCGUAGCUCGAUAUUCUGACGGCGUGAUCCAACCGUUUCGUAAACCGUCUGUACGACUGUUUCGCAAAUCGAUCGAUCGAGAUCGGCGAUCUCAACGAGUAGAGUUUACAUCGACGGUCGACGAUCUGAAAGCCGUGCGAGAAUUGACGUUUCAAUGCGAUCACGGUUCGCAAUCCGAUUUAUCGCUUCUGGUCGCUUGCGGGCCAGAUUGCAACGGUACUAACUCCGGUAAAGUCGGUCGGGAUCCGAAGAGCGAACGAACGAAUUCUCGUUGGUGGUUAAGCGAGACGGGCGCAAAAGUUAUGGACUCGAUCUGAAUGUACAUUGUCUUUCGUCAGCCUCAAACGAUCCUAACGAAAGAGCGAGGAAAGAAGAGUGGCCGAGGCUGUCUACGAUGGAGACAAAAAUCGAGCUCGGAAGACGAAUUUUACGGGACUGCACUCGUGAAAUGAAUUACGAACUGGUCAGUUUGCUAGGCAGUACGAUUUUUUUGAUAACUGUUGUUAGAUAAUGUGCGCGUGCGGUGGAUCGUUGAUCGAUUGGUAGGGAAAAGAAGUUGGUCAAAGUGAAGAGAUCCUUAAACCGAGAGGUUUAAGUUUGAGGUGACGAGUCGAGCUGCAUCUGAGAAAACACGAGACACGCGUCAAAAGUAACAGAAGAAAGUGUAACGUAAGAGGUAAGAACAACCCGGACGUAAUGAUCUAAUACGAGAAGAAGGUGCUGAGACAGUUGCUCACUUCUAAUUGGGACAGCUAGACUCCGUGGGAACGAACGGACGCUGGAAAUAAAGUUGAACCCAAUGAAGAAAAAAGAUCUUCCCGCCGAAGGGAAAUAAGGAGUUAUCUUUACAUUCACGGAAGACUUGCUCGGACGUCAUUCGUCUUAAUGGGGUGCUACCCCCCAUUGGAGUGAAUGGUGAAGGAAAGGAACGAGAAGACGAGAAAGACGAGGCAGAAGGAAAUACGAGUGAAGGCCGUGGUGUUAUUAAUGGUCUAACAGCUUCUUACCCUCCCCCGUUGAACCCCAUUGAUCAUUACCGGGAUCGAGCAAGUGCAAGAUUCGUAUUUCCUUUCUUGCGAGAGCUUGCCACGGGACGUGGUGUCGGCGACUAUACGCAGGGAGUGUCGACGCAGAUUAGUGACGAAGGAUGGAAGCGAAGCUGCGUAACAGAGAAACAUAAUCAGCUUCAUGUUGUCCCGAUUUAUACGAGAGCUUUCAGUGGAUAGUGUCGUGGAAGAAAGAGGAAAGAAGAAGGGGGAGUCGAACUCUAGCGUGUCGGCUUUGUGACCGUUCGGGCAGCGGGCUUUGGAAAAGUCCCGCGACGGUUCUUAUUACAAAGUGGUCACCAUCGAGGGUGGUGAACGUAAUGUGACAACUGCGGGUGAAGAGAUGACGGUGACUCCGUCGACUUCCGAUGUCGCUGACAAGGCAGUCUCGACGGACGAUGGUGGCAGUGGAAUGGAGGUGGCACGUCUCGAAGCCGUCCUCGCUGCUCUGGUGGAAACGAAGGUGGAGGCGAUUAAAGCCUCCUCGGCUAUGAGCAAGCGUUCCGGUAGCGCACCGGCCAGUCCUCGUCGGCUCAGACUGACUUCAACAUCGACUGCCUCCUCUUCGUUGAAUCACCAACACCGUAGGAAGAGCCAUCACCAUCAUCAUCACCACCACCAUCACCAUCACCACCAUCAUCGUCAUCAUCGCAGGAGGCAUGAUUCUGCUCCGUGCCACGACUUCAUCGGAGACGCAACCGAACAUCAUCAGCACAAUGUCCAUCAUGGUAAAACGAGGCGUAGAGCGUCAGAGAGUCCACGACGUCCAAGGAAGAAACGCAAACACUCGAAAAGCCCGAACAUUCUCCACGGCGUAGUUCAGGACGUUCAGGCGGGUCUUGAAUCACGUUUGGAGCUUUUUGGGUUGGACGGUGAUCAAGAUCUUGCAUUGAUAAACUUUGAAAGGACUCGAGAAACUCUUAGCGAUUCCUGCGAAUACCCGCAGUUGCACCGAAGUGCCUCCUACUUUCCGCAAAGUACAGCUCAAUUAAAGAUCCACUACGAUGACGACGAUUACGUGGCGUUGAACGUGGCGGAUGAGUUGGAAGAAGAGGAGAUCUUGAGCGGUACCGAGAAGAUCGAGGCACCUCGGGCGAAGUAUCAUCGUCCCCGCAGAAAGAGGAAACGGAAGCGACGUAAAGUUAACAAUACCGGUCCUCAAGAGGAGCUCGUCGAUCCCGAAGAACUUCCACCGCGCGCUCGUUGGACGAUCGUCGCGACAGCCUGCCUCCUUCUUACUAUGUCUUUGCUCUUAGUCGGAGUUACGCUCAGAAUGGCGCCGAUUAUCGACGAUAUGGGCAAUGGUAGGAGAGGUAGCUCGAGUAGAAGGACGAAAACACGAAGAGGGAGCACAGCUCGUAGAAAGGACUCUGUCAGGCCAUUGAAAGCGGAAGCGAAGGAUCCACUGAAAGUUCUGGAAGAUGCUCGAACUUUGGAGCAGGCAAGACGUCAUCGAAGGAUCGCUAUGAUCGUCCUGGGGACGUUUCUUUUCCUUUUGGCAGCUUCGAUUCUCGUGGUGGUGGUUACGCUAACUCACAGCACAUUCUUGAGUCCGGCUAUCGGCUCCAAGGAACUUGCUGAGCAUCGAGCUCAGACUGCGCAGGGAAAACGAGGAAUUGUUGAAUUCGCUCAACCGAGUUUUCGUAACCGAAAAUACGACGAUUCCUCUCUAAAGAAGACGUUCUAAAAGAGCGGCCUGUUUUGAUGCGCCUUUCGAAGAAGUUUGGCAAGACGGAAGAGGAAAAAGCGGGGAAGUUUUCGCAACGGGAAACUGAAAACUUUCAAACGCCAGGAUCAGAGAUCGUUUCUUUUUCUUUUUCUUUUUUUUUUUUCUUUUCUUCAAAAAGCAGAACAAGUUUUAUUACUAUUUUAUUUCAUCUGAGACGUGUGGCGGGCUGAAAUGGCUGAAUUUAAUUUGUCAAUGCCAACGUAUAAGGUAUAAGGCUAAUUUGUCGACUCGGCCGAUAGAGUGCGAACUUCGAACUAAGUCCGUGACAAGAUUGGGUCGACGCCUAUAAAAUUUAACCUCGUUGUUUCAAAGGUACGUCCAACCUCUCUUAUUCAUUGAAUUAUUAAGUAUAAUUCGAAGGGCAUUCUCGGGAGGAGUCGGGGUAUAUAAUUGCGUCGAGGAAUGGGGGAAGAAAAAAAAAAAAGAAUAGAUCAAACAAAAUGAUAAAAGUCCUCAAAAAGUUACUUGCGACUAUUAUAAUAAAGUACGUCGCUCUUGUUAGCCCGUUUAUUGUUGUUGGCGCGGCAAAUGGAUGACUAUGUGAGCUUUGUUGAGAAUGUAUGAAACUGUGCCGUACGUUUGUUCAAUACACGAAAAAAAAAAAAAAAAUGAAAAAAAAUUUUAUUCCGAAUAAAAAAAAUGUAAUCCGACACGUUUCGCGGAAUAGAUUUCGAAGAUCGAUCCUAUACCGUAUAUCGACAACGAAGAGAAAAAUGUUUAAAAGAUGUUCGUGGACUUCGAUUUAAAUCCUUGUUGGAAAAAGAAAUCAAAAGAUAUCAGUAUUUCUGUAACUUUGUCGUUGUUGUAGAUGCGUGCGAAUGACAGCCUGUUGUAGAUAUUUCCUUAUAUUUAUCUUUAUCUCAGAUAUUGCGUUAGUGAACAGGAUGAUAUGAAAAAUGAAUAAUGUUAUUUUAGUUUCUUAAUUCUCUGACGGGCGGGCAAAAGACUAUGAUUCAAGUUUCAAUGAAAUAAUAUAAAUUAUUAUUUUCGAAACAAUGAUGUUUAAAUAUUCGUGGCAGGGGUAACUUAUCAAGUUUCACGACUCACGACACUGCACAUUAAAUUUAAAUAUUGCAAGUGCUUGGUUUCUGCAAAUUAACAAUUGUACUUCUUUACUCGAUCGUCAGAGAAUUGCACGAUACUUGAUUAAAGUCAGUUUCAAUUGUGAUUUUCUAGCUUCAGCAAGUGUUACGAUAAUCCACGCGAAAUAUUUAACGAAUAAAGGAUAAAAUUAUAGAUUUAUCUAUUUCUUUUUUUCUUUUUUUUUUAAAUUAUUGACAUUUCGAUUGUGUAGAUAGUUAGGUUCACGUAGAUUACGUAUUUUCAUUAUAAAAGUCUUCCACAUUAGGGGAAAUUAACGUGACAAAUAGCUGUUACGAAGAGAAAUUGCUCGAUUCCUUUUUCCCAAGGAAAAUACUCAUGACAGAUCUUUCGAAUCAAAUAUUUAUUACGAAACAUUGAUUGUUAGGAGGAUAACCAGAGUAAUCGUUGUUGUCAAUUGUUUGUACGAUACAAACUGACGGAUGUUGCGAGAAAUGGGCGUGCAUUACGGAAUUAUAUUAUCCUAAUAUUUCAAAGGAGGAAAGUGAAGCAAAUGUUGGACUUUAUAUUAGCAAGAAUAUUGUCACGAUUUUAAAAAAAUUUUCGUAUUCGAAAUCUAUUGAUCCUAGAUCGAUAAGAAUUUUUCUUACAAAAAGGUCGAAGAAAUUUUUAUUAUUUUUCUCCUAUGAAUUUAUACAUAUAUUUUAAUACAGAAUCAAUUUUCUGUAAAUAACUGUACGAAAUAAUCGUAACAAUUUUCUUGACCGUUGGAUCGCAAUAUUGUAUAACGAUUAAACGUAAUCGAAGUUGAACGAAAGAAUACAAGUAUAAUGCCUGGGAUGAUAAAAUCUAUCAGUGUAUGUGUAAAAUUGUUUGAAUUUUGUUUGAAAAUCAGUUUAAUGAACCACUUUGUCCAUAAGAUGCAUAUCAACGUUGGCUGCGUACCAAUGAAGGGAAUAACUUUGUCGAAUAACUGUGUUAUUCGAUGAAAAUGAAUCUUAUCCAUACCAGAAUUUCUUACAAUUAGCGCUGUUUCAGAUUUAGUCGCGAUCGAGGGAUGAAUUUGAUCCUUGGCAAGCGUUAGUGUUUCAUCGUUUGGCUACAAUGUAAGCUGUAGUUUUUUGAGACCUCGCCUUUAAUAGAAAUAAUAAUUUAACACGUAACACUUUAAUUAAAUGUAACUCUGAAUUUUUCGCCAAUGAUAAGAAAUCGUAAACCAUAGGAAAAAAGAAAAGAGGAAAAAAGAGAACAAACAAACUUUCUAAGUAACGAUUAAUUGAUAAACGUCGAAACGAUGGAUCGAAACGAUGUCGUGCGAGAGGAAUUAAUUAUUAAUCAACGUAAAGCGGGAGUAUUUCUUCCGAUCGAUGAAAAUCGAUCUUUCGUGAAUUUCAACGUGUGCGAAACGUAACACGCGUGCAUGUAGUUCCGCUCAAUUCGAACAAGUCGAAAUGAAAAUUGAUUUUUUGACGCGAUACGUCAUUAAUUUGGAUUCUACGUGUACACAAUCGCUACUGAUCGAAAAUUGAAAACGAUAUCAAUGAAGAAUGAUACACAUAUAUAUAUAAAAUUUGUUGCACAAAGAGUAAAAAAAAAAAAAAAAGACAUUAAAAUAAUCAUGUCGAAAUAUGAACGAAUUGUAAAGAAUAAUAUUUAUUAGAUUAUAAUUCACACGUACUUUGUAAUGUCGAAUAAUACGCGUUACUAGAGAUUAAUUACAUACGUUAUAUGAAUAUUUAGUUUAGCAUAAAAUAUUUAGCAGCCGCGCACUAUUGAAAUGAUAACUAAGCAUAAUAAUUCGAUAAAUGAAUCGUUUUAUCCAUCGACACUCGACCAAUUUCUAUCUCGUCAAUUCUUGUCUUUUACGCCGAAUUAUCAAUUUUGCUAAUAUACUAUUUCUCUUAUUAUUCUAAAGGCAGCCGUCCUCAAGAAAUGUUGCUCUUCUCAGGAGACGGAGAGGUCAGACAGGCAAGCUUGUAUCGCGAGAUUCGAAAUUAAAGAUCAUAUUCAGGGAAUAUUGUUGAUGGUAUAAAUCUCGGACGUGUAAGUACAUUUUUUUUUCCCCUCGACGUUGCAGUGUUAAAUUGCUAAAAAAUUAUGGACUUUAUUUUGUUCCAAAUAAUUUGUUUUCAAUUAGAUGUAAUAGUCGACUUUCGGAUACACCUAAACGUUCGAGUCAUUCGACAUUAUCUUUAUUCUCGUGAAAGAGACUCUCUGAAUAUGAAUCUCAGCGCCUUUUAUUGAAAUUGUUCAAUAGAUAAGUUAAAUAAAUUAAAUUUACAAAUUAAAGCACUCUUUGAAGGAACGUUGUAUAGAAAACAAUGGCCGAUUCCCGAGGUGUAAUAUCGAAAAGCUUUCGAAAAUGUAUUUGCGUCGCACAAUCCAUCAUCGACCCUGCUCGUCGAUCUUUUUCCCCCAAUAUCUACGUAGGAUUAGGUGAUAUAUCUUGAAAGAGGCAAGAGAUCAUUGAUUUCGUAAGAAGGCAUUUUUAACUGCUCUUCUUUGUACGAAACUUCGACUAAUUCAAUCGCGGCGAGUUCAACUCUCGAUUACCCGUUGCACUUUAUUAGAUGAUAAAUAAAAUGUUGUUACGAACAGCGAGAGUAUAAUUAUCGGUACUUAUGCGCUAUAGAGUUAUGCUAUAGAGUUACAACUGUAAUCGUAGAUCGUUCAUACUUCUUGGCCGGCAUUGUCAAGACAAUUUCGCGGUCAAUAUGUUUAGUAGGUCAUUGCCAUAGAUAUUUGUCGCGCGUAUUUUCUAAAAAAAAAAAAGAAAAGAAAGAGGCAAGAUCCGUUUUUCUACUUGAAAUCGAUCCGGACGUUUUCGGUGUUACAAGUGUCGCUCAAUAAAAUUUUAGUUGCUGAUUUCCGAAAUGGAACGCAAUUUAAUAUCAAGUAAGAACGAGAGAAUAAAUACAGUACUUCUUGGAAGAGUGAUCGCAGAGAGAAUAUUUUGAUCGCGAUCAAUCAACCGAGAUAAUCUACGUGGUACUAUGAAUUCCAUUCGAGCAAAUAACAACGCUGAUCGUUAUAACGAUCUUUCUUUGUUGUAAGCUUUCCUGUAACAGUUUUAUACGGUGACACAAUUUCAUAUGCGCACCUACGCUAGUUAUAUUGACAAAUUGAACGUGUUAUGUCGUACAUAUAUGACUGUACGUGUGACGCUAGUCCGAGUAUUCCCAGUGGGCUUCGUGAUGACCGGCACCUGCCCUACUCGCCACUCGAGGAAUUCUGAAAUUAUUCCUUUCGUGCAAUAAAUACCUACAUCCGCUGACCUGAUCUACUGUCCAACUGUUUAGGAAUUUAAAGCUUGCCAAGUAAGAAAUUUUAUUCUGACUGGUAGAUGUUGGAAUUUACUUUCCUCCCUCUUUCUUACUCGCUCAUUCUUUCCUCUCUAUUGUUUCACAUAUAGCGAAUCGUUACUCAAAUCGAACAUAAUACUUACGUGACGACAGGAAGAAAAACUUUCACGUGAUCACUUAUGCCAGGGGUACUGUACAUUAUACACAGACGUAUACGAAACGAUUUUCACUUCUUUCGUAAAUUAAUAGAAAUCGACAUAAAUUUCUAUGAUAAAACGAAAGUUUCGAUGAAAAUAAUAUUACUCGCUUUGUUAAUUUAUAGAGAUCAUUCAUUAUAAUAUAAUUUCGCAUGUUAAACCUUUCAUUUAUGAUUAUGAUUGAAUAUUUGUAAUAUCUGUAAUAACAUUAUGUGCGCGCGCGUAUGUGUGUGUACGUGGGAAUGAUUCGAGUAUAAAAAAAAUCCUCUUAACGUAUUCUCAACAGUUUCAACUCAGAGGAAAUGCAGAGAUGUGGAUUAAAUAAUUUGGCCUAACGUGGACAGUUUCUGCCGUUAAUUUCAUCUUCCAACGAGUGUGAAUCUGAGCAAUUGAGAAGAGCGAUGUCGUUGCUUGAUGUACAAUAUAAACACGUAUAUACAGAGUGUUAUAAAAAAAAAAAAAUAAAUAAAUAAACAUCUGAAACUUUGACGACUUUCUGAAAUUAAAAAAGUAUUAAAAAAGUGCUGAAUGAUACAAUGAGAACAAUCAAUCACACUUCCAGAUUCUUCGCUUUCUCUACAUUAUCUGACAGGUAUGCAUUUUUUAUUUAUCGUUGUAAUUUCGCAGAAAAUUAAAAACUGAUUUCGUUACUCUAACGUCGAGACCUUUUUUCAUUCCUCUCGGUGAGUACAAUAAGCACUUGAGCUUUUUAUAACACUCUGUAUAUUCUCAACGCGGUCAGAUUAAUAACGUAGUCGACACGGUGACGUAGGAUUGUUAGUCGUUAAUAGCGUGCACAUUCACAUGAAUAAAUUACCAUCUCGAUCGGUUGAAAUUUGUAAGUAACGAUUAUUCUGUACCUUAAACUUUACUUUUAUUAUUAAAUUCAUUACUGUUCGUAUGUUAAAGUAGAAGAACGAAUAAAAGUCGGCAAUGAAAAGAAUGUUGAACCUUCGCGUAAAUCUGGAUCAAGUUUCUUAAAAUGGUAAAUUAAUGUUGCAGAUUUCAGUACCAUUAAUUAGAUGAGACGUACAUCGUUUUUCUUUUUUUUAAUUAAUCUUGGACAGAGAUUCUCGCCCGUUCUAAUCACUAUCCAGUACUACAUCUCGAAGAGGCAUAUUGAAAAUGCAUAAUUGGUAUCUUUCUUUGCCAACGAAAUUUAAUUACAUUACACGAGAUUACGCUCGCGAAGUUUUACAAAUGCCAUCUGAUUGCUUUUGUAAUUAUGAUAAUAAUAAUCGAUAACGCAUACGUAGGAUAAAAUAAUAUAACAUAAUAUACAAUAAUGAAAGAAACAAUAAUUGCUAAGGAAAAAAUGUUUAGUUUUAUAUGUCCAGAAUAACCCUGUUCCUACGUCGCCAAAAUGUUCACAAGUGCAAAGCCAAAUACCAUUAUAACAAUAUGUAAGAUGAUCGCAAUGAACUUUCAAGCGAGCAGUCUAUGUUGGAGACAACGUGUGUGCCAAAGUCGUUAUUGUAUCGAAAUAAAAUUUGCAUAAAGCAUCAGUUUUUCCUUCAAUAAUCAAAAUGUGGUGUGUGUGUAUGUGUGCGUGUACGCGUGCCUGUAUGUGUUGCAUCGCAUGCAUACUUUUUGUGUAAUAAAUAAGAAAAUAUGCCGAUUUAUCGCUCAGAAUGCUCGACAUACACACAUAUGUCGUAUUACGAAGAUAAG